GUCCACAAUCUCCUGGUCGAGAUCGUCAUAAAGCGGUCACUAUAAAUAAUUCCAAUAACACCAUGAAUCAUGUGAAUGACCAUGGUGAAAAGGAUAAAAUACAAGAUGUGGAAAUGGAUAUUGAUCAAAAGAAGGAGGAGAACAAAGAAGGCGGAGAUGAUGCCAACAUGACUCAGGUGAAUGGGGACAUCCUUGGGAAUGGAGCGACUAGCCAGGAAGAUGCCGAAAUGGAGGAGGAUGAAUGUCGAUCAGAGGCUACAUUUCGAUAUACUGUUGAAAAUAUAACCAAGUUGAAGGAAACGGCCUUGAGUCCUGCUUGUAUGGUUCGGAAUCUUCCAUGGAAAAUUAUGUGCCAACCCAGACCAAACACUGAAAGACAAAAUCAGAAAACCAUGGGCUUUUUUCUCCAAUGCAAUGCUGAAUCAGAUUCGGUGUCAUGGUCAUGUAAUGCAUCGGCCACACUCAAGCUAAUUAAUCAGGUUAAUGAGGCUGAAAAUCACACAAAGAAAAUCCAACAUUUGUUCUACAGUAAAGAAAAUGAUUGGGGUUACAGUAAUUUCAUUGCAUGGAAUGAUCUCUUGGAUCCCAACAGAGGAUUUGUGGUGGAUGAUAAAAUAACACUGGAGGUGCAUGUCAAAGCUGAUGCCCCCCAUGGGGUCAGUUGGGACUCAAAAAAACAUACAGGAUUUGUGGGACUUAAAAAUCAAGGAGCAACAUGCUACAUGAACUCAUUGUUACAAACUCUGUUUUUCACCAAUAAAUUGAGGAAGGCGGUGUACUUGAUGCCCACAGAGUCUGACGAUAAUGAUAAGAGUGUACCCCUUGCGUUACAGCGGGUGUUCUAUGAACUUCAGUUUAAUGAUAAGCCAGUAGGAACCAAAAAAUUAACCAAGUCCUUUGGAUGGGAAACACUUGACACAUUUAUGCAGCAUGAUGUACAAGAACUCUGCCGUGUGCUACUAGAAAAUAUGGAGAGCAAAAUGAAAGCGACAGUGGUAGAAAACACAAUUCCUAAGUUGUUUGAGGGUAAAACUUUGUCGUACAUAAGAUGCAAGCACAUUGAUUAUUGUUCCAGUAAGGAAGAAGCCUUUUAUGACAUACAGUUAAAUCUGAAAGGAAAAAAGAGUGUAUAUGAAUCAUUUCAAGAUUACAUAAAAGUUGAGUCAUUAGAUGGGGAAAAUAAAUAUGAUGCUGGUGAACAUGGCCUGCAGGAGGCUGAGAAAGGAGUGUCUUUCCUGAAUUUCCCACCUGUGCUUCAUCUUCAUCUGUUACGGUUUAUGUAUGAUCCAAUGGCUGAUGCAUAUGUCAAAAUCAAUGACAGGUUUGAGUUCCCUGAACGACUGAAUCUGGACAAAUUUCUAAAUCCUAAGGAGAAGAAGGAGAAGACCCCAGCCACUUAUAUUCUGCACGCUGUGCUUGUCCACAGUGGGGAUAAUCAUGGGGGCCAUUAUGUGGUGUACAUAUCUCCCCGAGGGGAUGGCAAGGUAACGUGGUGUAAAUUUGAUGAUGAUGUGGUAUCGCGGUGUACAAAGCAAGAAGCUGUAGACAACAACUUUGGAGGACAUGAUGAAGAAGUGGCCGUCAAACACUGUACAAAUGCCUACAUGUUGGUGUACAUACGAGAAAAUUGUUUAAAUGAUGCUUUGUGUGAAGUAACAGAACCCGACAUUCCACCAACCUUGAUAGAAAGAUUAGCUGAAGAAAGGAGACUGGAGGCGCAGAAGAGGAAGGAGAGAACAGAAGCACAUUUAUACAUGACAAUACAAGUUGUGUCAAAUGACAAUUUUUAUGGACAUCAAGGGAAUGAUUUGUUUGAUCCUGACAGAGUGAAUUAUAGAACAUUUAAAGUGAAAAAAUCGUGUACUAUGUUAGAGUUCUUGGAUAUUAUUGCUGAGAAUCUGAAAUAUCCAAUGCAGCAGAUGAGAAUUUGGCCAGUCCAAAGUCGUCAAAAUCAGACGGUUCGGCCAACAUUCAUGGAUAUGGAUUCAAAUACACAUAAGACGGUUCAGGAAGUAGCAGAAAAUGAGAGUCCAUGGACUUUGUGGGUGGAGACUCUGAGUCCAGAGAGUGGAUUACAGGAACUUCCCAUCUUUGAUAAAGACAAUGAUGUGUUAAUAUUUAUCAAGUUAUAUGAUCCAAAAACAGCUUCAGUCUCCUUUUGUGGUCAUAUGUAUGUGCCAAUCUCGGCCAAAGUUUCUGAACUGGUACCAGACUUGUGCAGACGGGCAGGUUUCCCUAGUAACACACCUCUGAUACUCUUUGAGGAGGUAAAGCCAAACAUGGUGGAACUGAUAGAUGAUGUCAAUUUACCUCUGGAGAAAACACUGGAUGAGCUGAUGGAUGGUGAUAUAAUUGUCUUUCAAAGAGAUGACCCUGAAGUUCAUCAGUAUGAACUGCCCACUGCCAAGGAAUACUUCAAGGAUCUCUACUACAGGGUUGAGGUGAUUUUCUGUGAUAAACUAAAUCCCAGUGAUCCUGGUUUCUCUCUAGACUUGUCCAUGAGGAUGAACUAUGAUCAGAUGGCCAAGGCUGUGGCCCAGUAUCUACAGACUGAUCCUUAUCUGCUUCAGUUCUUCAAACCACAAAGUUACCGUGAGGGCCCAGGCAAUGCUAUAAGGUGUACUUUUGAGGGAAAUCUGAAAGAUCUGUUGUUGUACUCAAAACCAAAGCAACCUAGGAAACUAUAUUAUCAGCAGUUAAAUAUAAGAAUUAAUGAAUUAGAAAACAAGAAGCAGUUUAAAUGCACCUGGGUCAACAGCAAAUUAAAGGAAGAGAAGGAAUUAGUGCUUUAUCCAAACAAAACUGGAAGAGUGACUGAUUUGUUGGAAGAAGCUAAGAAACAAGUCACACUGGCAGAGGGAGGUUCAGGAAAACUCAGAUUGUUGGAAGUGAUCAGUUACAAAAUCUACUCUAUUCAACGUGAAGACACUCUGCUAGAUAUGUUGAACUCCCAGGGGUCUACCAAAAGCUUUAGAAUUGAGGAGCUGCCUCUGGAUGAAGUAUCUUUAAGUUCCAAUGAGACAUUAAUCCCAGUGGCUCAUUUCCACAAGGAGGUCUUUUCAACUUUUGGUGUUCCGUUUUUAUUAAAAAUCAAACAGAAUGAACCAUUUUCUGCUGUGAAAGAGAGAGUUCAAAGAAAGUUGGAUAUUCCAGAUAAAGAAUUUGAGAAGUACAAAUUUGCUGUGGUAGUGAUGGGUAGAGUUGAGCACAUAUCAGACGAGGAUCAGAACAUUCGAGUGGACCUUGACAUUUUCAGGCCUCAUUCAAUACAAGGUGCAAACAUGCAAGCAAGACCAUGGCUUGGUCUGGAUCACAUCAAUAAGACACCUAAACGAACUAGAUACAAUUAUUUAGAAAAGGCAAUCAAAAUCCACAACUGAGGACAAGCAGUAUCUGUCUCUUCAUUCGUGGGUUUGUCUCGCUUGGACUUCCAGACUAACUUUGAAGAAAGGAGAAUAAAGAUCUAGUCUAGAGUGCUGUUUACACUAGCUACAAAGAGCACAAAAUCCCAAGAUUUAUGCAGCUUUUCUGUAAUACUGAAGACCAUUGUCUGUGGUUUUGUUUUUACAUUUUUUCAUAUUCUGUGCAAUCAUCUUUGUUUGUGGUCUAGUGUGAUAUGUGAUUCAAGAUGAGACAAGAGUUCUGUUAUUUUGAAAUAAGAAAUUGAUAAAUAGACUUUAAUUUUUUGUCUUUGUUUCAAUAAAAAAAGAAAAAUCAUAGAAUUUACGGGUGAGUAGCAUAAACAAAGAAUUGAUUGUUUGUUCUUCAUUUGAGGGUAAUCUCACAAUCAAAUUGAUAAUUACCCAGUUCUGAUGUAGUUGAUAUUUAUUAGCCAGCUUUUUGCCCUGAAGAUUACAUUAUUUUAAUAGUUAAACCUUAAAUAUAUACUAUACACCUCUUGGUGUUGUUAUGAAAGGUGGAGUUAGGUAAUGGGUAGGCUUAUUAAAUAAAAUUUAUUUAGUAUGGAAUUGAGGCAAGUUGUCCUGUCUAUCCGAUCAUUAGCAACUUGAGGUUUGAAUAUGCUUUUUUUAAUGUUGUCUACAGAAUGCAUGAUGUAAUGUUUUAUGUAAUAUUUACAUGCCACUUACAUGUGGGCAUAAAAAAUGCAAUGUUACUUCAUUUGUAAAAAUAAUAAAAUUAAAUUCUAAAAAAAA